GUUAGUUUGGCUUGUUUUCAUAAUUCACAACAAAAUGCCUCCAGCUGUCCAUCACCACUGUAAAUAUAAGAGUGGUUAUAGAGGAAAAAACGUCAGAAAGCAAAUUCAGUUGAUGUGGAGCAGAAGACAAGAAAGAAGAAGGAGAGUGGCACUUCAUCCCCCUCUCCAAUUCCAUCUGACCGUUCUGAACGGAAUGGCUCCGCUACCUCUGACCCCUCACCCUCUGACCAACUCUCCUCCCUCCAUCCACCUCCCUCUCCUGUUAAAUGUUCCUCUCAGCCUUGCUCUCCUGCUAAACAACCCUCUGUACCCCGGUCACCUGCCAAAAACCCUUCCCCAGUGAAAUCCUCUCCAGUGGUGUCCCACCCUAGUUCUCCCUCUCCUACCAACCCUCUGGACCGUCAUGGAGACACCAGUCAGGAGGGCACAACAGUCAGGUCUCUGUCUCUUCAGGAACACUCUAGUCCAAUGCCACAGAGACCAGUCUCAGCCACCAGAAGCAUGACUCUUCCCAGGGCCAGCUCAGCCACCAGAGGGUCAGAAGAGACCCAGGGGGCCAGAGGAGAACGGGGGGAACUGGUCAACAUGGAACUUCUUGGGUUGCCUAACAUUGGCAACACUUGCUUCCUUAACGCCACCCUGCAGUGCCUCCUGGUCCUGCCGUCCUUCUCAAAGGAAAUCCUGCACCAGGAACAACUCUGGAGCUCCUCCCCCUUCUCCAACCUGCUCAGGUGUCUGUCUGAUGUGCACCGUUCGGGUCUACCUGACAGUGUGGCAAACCAGGCCUCAAAAGCAGAUCUCAUGUGGAAGGUCAAGUACUCCUUGUCGGGAUACGAUUUGAAGUAUCUGGGGGACACGCAACAGGACGCACAUGAGUUACUUGUCAAUAUGCUGUGCCAGCUGAAGGAGGAGGGCAUGAUUCUGAAGACACUCGGGAUGAACUAUACCUGCCCUGUUUCCCAGCUGGAGUUCCAGCUUGUGUCGGUGCGCACAUGUACCAGCUGUGGGUGCGAGUCGUCUACCAGAGAGGACUACAACCACCUCUCAUUGGACUUCAGCCCUGAGCGCACCUUGCUGAACAGCCUAGCACUCACUUUCAAAAGUGAACAGGUUGAAUUCACAUGUGAGGGCUGUAAAGGCCUCCACGCCUCAAAGGUGGAGCAGUUCCACUCACUGCCUCUUGUGCUGGUUCUGCAUCUGAAGAGGUUUGGGGGACCUGGGGGGUUGGAGAAGCUGGAGGCUCCUCUUUUGUUUCCUUCGGAGCUGAGGCUCUCCACCCUCUGUGGGGACAUGGUGCCACACCUGCACAGUGCCAGCCCACAGGCCCUCACCCACCAGGUCCCCAGCAUUCAGGGGUCCAUCCCCCAGACCCUCGCCAGCCAAGUCUCCAGCCCACCUGGAGAGGCCAAAGACAGCGCCCUCUGCUGUUCAGAAGCAGAAGCCAGUACAGUCAGUGAAUGGUUACUACCGAGCUGACUGGCGUAGUCUCUCAUUUGGGAGGCUCCGCAAACUCCGGUAAGUAAAUACCAUCAAACACACACAUGCAGAUGCACAAUACAUAUGACAUCAGCUGAAUUCCAAAUCACUCCCUUCUCCUUGGAUCUCAACUUGCAUGUUCACGUGUACCUCUGCCGUAUACACAAGCAUCCCGAAGCUGAGGGAGUGAAAAUUAUCGAGGGUGAAGGCCAGGGAUCAUCAACAAGAUUCAACCUCGGGUCCUUUUAUUUUCUUAGCCAGAUGGGAAGGGGUGUGGAACAAAAUUACAAAUAAUUUGGGGAUAAUUAGACCCUCCAACAGCCAUUUCGGCCAAGCUAGCAAGGCUGCAUGCUUCAGAGUGAAGUGUCAUCCCAACAAGCACUGCAAUAUGUUUAGAGUUUGCUCAAUUUAAUUGAAAAGAAUGGAGAGGCAUGUCUAAUUAUAUGCCAUGUGUAUUUGUUUAUCUCUGAUUUCAAAACUUGACACAUGUAACAGAUAAAAUACCUCCCAAAUGACCUGUUUAACUGUUACAAAACACUCUAUUACCCACAAUAGCCUGACCCUUGACCUCUAGUCUGUCUUCCUUGUUCCACAGGGCACUACAUUAGUGACAUAUUGCAUGCCAGUGGAAACUGGUUCUGCUGUAACGACAGCCAGGUGUUAAUGUCCAAUGAAGCCACUGUGCUGAGGACCAGAGCCCGGAGUGCCUAAAUGCUCUUCUAUAUGUUCAGGUACUGCUUACUCUCGCCAUCUAUAUUCUUGUGUUGCUAUUUAUGUGUACGGUUCCUUUCACCCUACAGGGCAAUAGAGCGGGAGGCCCCAGCACACAGGGCCUAACAGGGCCACCAGCAUCAGCCCCAGCCUAAACAGGGGUAGCACCUGGACCAGCCUCCAAACACUCAGACCUGUCUCAACAGGGGUAGUACCAGGCCCAGCCUCAAAACCCACAGCCCAGCCUCAACACUCACACACCUGCUUCGAAAGGGGUAGCAUUUGGCCCAACAUCAAUAACCCCGAGCCCAGCCACAACAGGGGCAGCACUGGGCCCAACAUCAACACACCCAGCCCAGCCUCAACAUGGGAAGAACCAGGCCCAGCCUCAACAUGGGCAGAACAAGACCCAGCCCCAACACCCUCAGACCUGCCUCAACAGGAAGAUUUAUCGUCUGGGAUUCAGGCCGGUCCUAACAGGAAACGUGACAAAGGGAAGCAGCUGUAAUGGAGCCUUCUAACACCCAAUCAGGUCUGGAGGAGGAAAGUCACAUAAAGAUUCAGAGAUGCUAUGAGUAUCUUUUGAAGUUACUCUCCAGUUGUAUCCAUUUGAAUAAAUACAGACAUGAAAAUGCUGGGCUACGGAUGUGACCUUGGUUCUGUGAGUAGAGUAACGGGUCACCAAACAAGCUAUGGGAACUCCUUCCCUUUAUCGUGAUGUGAUUGAGAUGCUUAAUAUCAACGAUGUUUACAAUGACGCCACACCCUUACUGUACCAUUGUGACCUGUCACUAUUAAAGGCGGUGUGACGUGA